UAUAUAAUUAUCUAACUUAAAAGUUUUAACAAAUUGUAGGUCUGUAGACUACUGUUCUACAAGUAUACCUAGUGGUUUAUCGUAAACGAAAAUAAACUAGGUAUUAGUUUGAAUGAUAUUGUGUUAAAAUUAUUUUAAUAAUAAUGAAAAGUUAUACAAAAUUACAAUGUUUUUUAACUGUGUUUUUAUUAUGUUUUGUAAAUUCGGGAUACAAUGUAGAAAUACUAGGAUUGUAUGAAGGUGAUAUUUGUCAGUAUGGCGAUGAAGAAACUUCCAACUACAUUUGUCGGAAUUGGAAAAAUUGUCCAGUUCCAAUCGAAGAACUUAAGAAAAGUAUUUACCCUAUAUGCUCUUUCAACGGAAUAACUCCAAUAAUUUGUUGUCCGCCAGAAAAAAAUAUCCAUAAUCAAUUUACUACCACAACGAUUAAACCGGCAAGCAUAAGUCCAAUUUUGAAAACAUCUGCUGCCACGGAAAAGUGUAAAGAGUAUUCAGAAUUAAUUUAUUUUAAAAGAAAAGACCCAGUAUUAACUUCAUCAAGUGAGAUACAUUUCAUCACACAAAUUGAUUGCUAUAAUGCCAAUUCUUUAAUUAGCGGCGGGGAAAAGGCUGAACCAAAGGAAUUUCCUCACAUGGCUUUGUUGGGUUUUGGUGAAAAACCAGACAAUGAAUCAUGGUUUUGUGGAGGAUCACUAAUAAGUAAUAGAUUCGUACUAACAGCAGCUCACUGUGAAAAAAACGGUGAUAUAAAUCCGUCAUAUGCGAAAUGGGCUCGCUUAGGUGAACUAGACUAUAACUCAGAAACUGCCGAUGCCAGACCUACAGACUAUAAAAUAGUAGAACGCAUAAUACAUCCAAAUUACAAACCACCUUCUCUGUACAAUGAUAUAGCAUUGUUUCGUUUAGAAAGAGAUGUAGAUUUCUCGGCAUAUGUACGACCUAUUUGCCUAAAUACAAAUAAUACAUUAACACCUCCAGCAGUAAUGGCUACUGGUUGGGGAAAAACUGCAUUAGAUCGAAAAGUUAGCACACAUUUAUUAAAAGUACGACUAAACACAAUUUCGGCGCAAGAGUGCGAUAAUAGUUUCUUUAACAUCCAAAACAAAAAUAAAAAAUUAGUAAAAGGAAUAGAUAAAAACUCGAUGUUGUGUACUGGCAAAAUAGAAGAUCAAAAGGCCACUUGUCGAGGUAAUUCUGGUGGGCCAAUUCAAAUAAAACUCAAUGGUUACAAAUGUAUGUAUUCACAAUUAGGAAUAACAUCAUUUGGACUAAUUUAUGGGUAUGAAGAUGUGUCUGCUGUUCAUACACGAGUAUCGAAUUAUAUUUCAUGGAUUGAAGGGAUCGUCUGGCCAACAACGUAAUAGCGCAAAUUGACUAAUAUAAUAAUAAAGCAUAGAUUUGAGUUAGAUGUUAAUAAUCUACAUUUUAAAGUUUGAAACCGUAUAUAAUUGUAUUCAUAGUGAAAAUUUGGUUUUUUAAUUGUUUGUAGCGGCUAUGAAUUUUUUUAAUAUUUUUAGGUUUACACUCUGUAGAUAUUAUAUAAUAUAUAUUAUACCAAAAACGAAAAAAUAUAUAUUUUAUU